UAAUAUUAUUAACUUUUUUUUUUCGUUAUUUUCUACUCUAGGAUCAACAUCAGCUGUAGAGUCUGGUCUAUUAUUCUAGAUAUCUAUUUAGAAUCUAGUCUAUAAUAGUAUAAUAGAUCUAAACAAGUAAGAUGGUUGGGCCUGAAAUAGCUCGACGCUUGCCUGUUUUUGAUAAUCUAAGAAUUACAUAUCGCCAAGUAAUUGGUGUGUUUAUAUUUGGUGCCGCGUCAGCCUGCUAUAAUCUAGCACGCAGAAUACCACCUCGAUCAACAAUGAUAAGACACUUUCUGGUAGCUUCUCUUGGUCUCUAUCCUGGAAAGAAAGCUGAUGAGCUUUUGGAGAAAAAACGAAAUUACCAUGUAUUGGUCUUGGAAGAUUAUAUUUCUAGGCACCCUGAAGAUUUUCCUUUAGCAACUCCAAAGAAAUACAAAGAUUUAUUGCUGCCUUGGACACCUGUGCGAUAGAUGUUAGCUGUGGUUAGAUUGUGUAUGAGUAUUGAAAACCAUGAAUAUAUUAUUGUGUUAGUUAAUCUUGCUUGGAAGUUUUAAACAUGUUUUUUUAUUAGGUUGACAUUACAACAUAUUUUCAGUUAGAUCUAUAUUCAGGUGAAACAAAAAUGUUAUUUGAUAAUGUCCUAGCUUUUUAUAUGCUAGCCAAUGUUCUGAUAUGCAAAUAAACCUGAUUAUAUAUAA